AUGGCAAAGUUCUAUCUUAGUCAACUUGACAAACGGGCUAGUGUUAAUAAAGAUGAGUUCAAAUAUUUGAAGAGAAUUGUUAAACAAUGCCGUUAUAUUGGACUGACAAUACACACGAUAUUUGUGGUUUCAUUCUUACCAUAUUCGUGUUCAAAUAUCGUAAAAAAGAAACUCUUUUUCGAAGGCUAUUUAUCAUCGGAGUCGGAACCUUCAAAUAUGUAUUUUGCUCUUGCGUUUUCAAUUCAGUUUUUUCCAAUGUUGUUUCAAAUAAUUCAAAAUACUGCCAAUGACGCAUUUUCACCAGUCAGCAUCAAUUUACUAAAUGGUCAGAUUCGGGUCCUUGGCAUGAGGGUUGCACGAAUUGGACAAGAUGUUAGUAAGUCAGAUGACGAAAACUACGCAGAACUUAAGUCUUGUAUAAAUGACCAUCGAAAUAUUAUAUGUCUUUUUGACAUCAUCAAACCAACAAUUUCACGAACUGUACUCCUUCAACUAAUAAUUACUGGAGCUUCAUUAUGUAUGACGGUUUUUUAUUUUCUAAAUUUCAAUCAUGGAUCAGUUAAUCAGUUGCUAGCUACAAUACUCGACAUGAUGGCAAUAGUGGUUGUGUCGCUUCCGGUUUGCUAUUUCGGAAAUUCACUGAUGGAAGAAACUGAUCGUCUUACAACUGCUAUUUAUAAUUGCAACUGGACGGAUCAGACAUUGAAAUUUCAAAAGUCUUUAAUAAUAUUUAUGCAACGAUCUCAGAGGGAAAAUGUUUUAACGGCUGGAGGUCUUCUAACAAUUAAUUUACAAACUUUUAUUGCUAUCAUUCGGUUUUCGUUUUCAAUGUUUACUGUAGUUAGUCAAAUGUCUGAGGGAAUUGUGUCAACAAAUUAAUUCAAUUUGAUACAAAAGUCGGUUGAUUCGUGUAAAGAAAAAAUUACGACCGUCGAAUUUAUUCAGGCACGAAGAGAAGACACAAGAAUUUGAGCCUUUAUUUGGUACAUAAUUAGAAGAUUUAAGAAUGUUUCCAAUGUCCAUUUCAUUCAAGUGUUUUAUUGUUUUUAUUGGUUGAAAGAAAUUGACAUGAAAAGUGGGGGAGUAUCAUGCUAAAUUGAAGAGGUCACUCAGGCCAGAGCAGAAAUAAAAAUUGGGGCCAAUCCAACCCAGCAAUAUGGAAGCCCCCAUAUGAAUGUAUAACGUUCCGUAUAAGCUAACCAAUGCCAACCUAAUGCAAUUUAAAACGUUUCGGAGUGCGGACUGUGAAACAUUCGAUGCUGAAUGUUAAAUGGGGGAAAAUAUAUGAAAUAUGAAGCAGUGAUGCAGGGCUACUUCCUGAAAAGACGGUUUAAACUCAAGACCGAAGAGCACACAAACCUAUCUAUAGCAGCCAUAGCAAUAAUAAUAUGUGAAUGCUAGACACUUCUUUACGGGCAUUAUUGGGUUUCCAAUAUGCCGCCCCGUAACUGCCGCACAACGCACGUUACCGCCAUCGCACCCAUGGCCUGUAAACUACCAAUGGAGUAACAAAAACAAGGUAAAACUCUAGACAACACGAAUCACAUUCAACUAAUUUGGAUGCAAGAUACUCUAGCCAAAUACUGUUGGUGUCUCUUGGGCUUCACGCUUCGCCAAUGUAGUUGACUGACUCAUUCAAACUCAAACUCACCACCAAUACCACCUGUGAAAUAAAAAUUACGUAAGCUCGAGGGGAAAAGUAAUCAAAAAGAACACCUAUGUGCAUAUAUAUAAUAUAUACUUUGGCUAUUGUUAUUGACGAAUUUUAAUUGCCAUUAUGUCAGUCGGUCGCUUUUUUAAAGAGCUAGCUGGCUAUAGAAUAGAAGAUGGAAGAGACUCUCGCAGCUUUGGGUCAACUAGACUUGCCUUGUUACUUCAUUUGAAUAAAAAUAAAAGUUUUGUCUUAGAAGAAGAAAAUACUAGUAAGCAAGUCUUUGUUUAUUUAUACAAAAGUUUUUGGGAAACUAUUGAGAAAAUUAUACGACUUUGUUAUCAAAAAAAGCUUUGCAUAUAAGGUUCGUGAAUUCGGAAUAUAAAUUAGACAAAGUCACAAACCGUAUAGGUAUUUCAUAAGUUUUACAAGCUUAACGUUUAAGUACUACAAGGGUUACCACUUUGUG